AUGCAAGUACCAUUCGACAAUGGUACGGACAGCAGUGGUAUUACCUUCAACCCUUUCGCUGAGCACGACUCACUCUUGACGACACCGCCUAUCGACACUUCACCAGACCUUGACAACCACCGACCGAAACUGCGAUGCGGUUCUGGUUCAGACUACACAACGGCGAGCAUAAGUAGUAGUACCUCAAGCGUAUCUAUCGACCACAGGCGGACUGGACAUGUACGAGCACAAACCGAAGUUCUUGCUGCGCAGCAUCCAUUGAGAUACAGUGGUUCAGCGCCAGGCCCUAGUGACGCCAAUAUUACUCGGCCCACACUGACGCGUUGGGUUAAUGUCGGAUCUCUGGUAGACGUCUCGGUUAAUGGUUCCCCGAAAAGACAUUACCAAAAGGUGGUAUUGAUUCAUGAGGUUUCUGCAAAGGACUCAUUAGCAGGUGUAUCCCUAAAGUACGGGAUCAGCUUGGCGGAUUUACGGCGCUCAAAUCAUCUUUGGACGUCUGAUUCGAUACAUUUGAGAAAGGUGCUCUACAUACCCCUUGAUAAAUGCUCUCGGCCUCAGGACCUCAUCACGAACGGCGAACCGUUCGACAUUUCGUUGAUGUCUGCUGCUUCGGAUGCCACCGAUUUGAAUGGCUACAGACCAGACCUCUCAACCCUAAAUCGUCACGCAACUGCUAAUGGUCAUGAUACAGAUCCGAAACACCACACCAUUGCUGGUAAAUCACCCUCGCUGAAACUUCGCCGUGUUCCAAUUUCCCAAUUGUCGUUCUUCCCCCCUUCUGCGUCGAAACCAAAUCCUCCGAACCGAUCAACGAAACCCCCUUCCACGAUCCCGUCUCGUCCAUCUAUCCAUACCCGAUAUACCUCUUCUCCUUCAAAUUCUCUGGGUACACUAUUUACAGCUCUUCCUAUUCCUGUAUCCACACGUGAUACCAUAAUUUCCCGACUGUCUUUAGACAGCAGUACUAGUUCCAGCUGCUCUGAUCGUGACAGAGAGGCUGAAGACGGCGAGAGACUCGAAUUGGAUGAUGUCCCUAUCGAGCGCAGGCGAUACGCCUCUGAAGACGGAAUUUCAUCACAAUUCCCAAUGACGCCCAGACCACCAUACCGAACAACCAAUGGUAUCAAGUCCUCGUCGUCCUCUCCCCCUUCUCCUACGCGAAUUAGAGGCAGCAUAGCGAUGGAGAGCACUCAUGCCCGGAGCUAUCAUCCGCUGCACAGUUCUACUGUUCAUGUUCGCAAUGUACAGUUGGAGCCUUCGCCUGGAAUGCAACUUCCAAUACAUGACGCAAAUUACCAACAGAAGACUUCGAGCCGACCGAACAGUCGAGGGAAAGCCAGACGUCGUUUAGCUUCCGUAGACUUCGACGUCGAACCAGACGCAUUGAUAGAUGUAUGA